GCCAUCUAAGGACUCGAGAGAGCGAGAGAGCUGUGAGUGAGCCAGCGCGCAUGCUACUGCUUAUUUGGGUGGUGAAUGCACUUGGCUUAGACCCGCUUUUUAGGGGUGGAUUUCGGGUAUUUCGGUUGCCCGCGGUUGCGCCGUUCCAACUGGCUCAUAUUUUUCACUCGCCUGCCGACGACGAAGGCAGCCGGAUUGAUUUUCACCUGCCGCCAGCUAAAGAUUUCCCAAAUUCGAGAUUCAGUGCAUCAGGAUGAGCCUCAAGUCGAGUGCCAGGAUCAAGAAGCGCCGCUCGGAGGCAGCGGCGGCCACGUACCCGGUUCCCUUGGCAUCUCCCACUUCCGCCACACCAAAUCCUCCUGCAAACACAGGAAAUGGCAACCCCAAUCCCUGCCAGAGCUCCGCCAAGAAGCACAGCUUCGUGGGCCGCAAUCCCAACUUCGAUACGGACGAGACCAAGCUGCUCAUCCAGCUGUGGGGCGAUCCCAAGCUGCAGCGCACCCUCAUCACCACGCACAAGAAGCACGCGGUGAUCUGUCAGCUGGCGGCCAAGAUGCAGGAAUACGGCUACCAUCGCUCGCCGGAGGAGAUAACCACGCGGAUCAAGAAUCUCAAGUGCUUCUACAAUCGGCUGAAGAAGGACAAGGAGUGCGGCGGAAUGUCCACCGAUUCGGAGCCCAGUUGGAAGCACUUUGCCGAGAUGGACGCCAUCAUGACCAGGCCCAUCUUCAGUGUGCGUCCCAAUGAGGUGCCGGCGCCCUCGCUCAAGUACCAACUGGAGCAGGCACUCGAGGAGCACGCGGAGCGGCGCAAAAGGCGGUUGGAAAACGGGGAGGAGCUUUCGGAUACCGACAACGAGGAGGAUGACAUGCUGCUCUCCGCUUUGGUAAGCAAAAAUAAGGAGUCGGGUGGCGGGAAUAAGGCUCUUGAAGCCGGCUGCCUCGAAUCCGACCUGGACAUGAACGAGGAAUCCUUCUCCAAGCGCCGCAAACUCUCCUCGGAAGUCGAUGUGGACAUAGGCGAGGCUCUCACCUCAUCCUGCAUCAAAAGCGAGCCUGCCCAGGAGGUGGAUGCAGUAGCUCCUCCGCCAGUGGAGCCCGAGGCCGAGGAGGAUGAUGACUGCAUGCUUUUGCCGCAGCCCAAAGAAGAACCCAUCGAUGUGGAUGCCUCGGAUGAUUCGCCAAAUGAAAAGUCCCCCAGCUCCAGUUCUUCAUCCACUCUGGCCGAGAUGUUGCAGCGGAACAAGCCCAGCAAUCUGCUGCCCUUCACCGGGGCCAAUGUCAUCAUCCCGGCCAGCAUCACCACCACCACGGCUAGCAUAAGUUCAAGUACAGUGAGUUCCACUAAUGCGGCAAGCAAACUGCAGGGCGGUAAAAUCUCGCUGGUGCCCACGAACUUCCUGAUGCAAUCCAAGCUCCCAGCUGCCGCGGGACCAAGUCCCCUGGCCACCAGUGCAACCAAGGGAGCUGCUCCACAGCAACUGCAACUCCUGCAGAGUGCCAUCAAUCAGGGCGCUCGUCUGAUGAUCAGCGGAUCCGCGGCGGCACCGGCUCAGCCUAGCAACGCCGGUCUGGUGGCCACCGCACCCGGCGGCGUCAAGUUCGUGCUGGUCAAUGCGGAGCAGGCCAAGGCGGCGGCCGCGGCUGCAGCGGUGGGCAAGUCCUCUGCCUCCUUGCCCCUGGCCACCGCUCAGGCGCAAGUUCAGGCGGCGGUGCAACAGCAGCAGCAAAAGUUGCAGCAAAGCCUCCAGCAGGAGCAGCAUUUGCAGCAUGUCCACCUGGAGAAGGAGGAGAAUCGAAGGGAGAAAGCCAGGGAGGAGCUGCAGUCCAAGCGACACAUGACAACCAUGAGAAUCCUGCUGCGUCAGCUGCUGAAUGCCCAAAACGAAGCCAACGAGAUCCAGCACAAUCGUCUGUCGCUGGAACGCGAGCGUCUGGACUGGGAAAAGUCCAUGGGCGAUCGGCUGCUCAACUUGCUGCCCAGUCUCCUGCAGCCUGCAGCUCCUGCCGCUUCUCCUUGCUCAACUGCCCAACGUCUGCAGCCACCCAAACUGCUCUUCACCACCGCUCUGCCGAUGGGCAAUGGCACUGUUACCAUGCCACACAUCCUAACAUCCAAUUCGCUGCCCAAGGUAAUAACGACCACAAGUUGUAAUAGUGGAGUUGCGGUGGCAGGAUCAGGAGGAGGAGCAGGAGGAGGAUUAGUUGCCACCAAGCCGGUUGACAAUGACGUCCAAUUGGUCACGCCCAAGAAGGAAAAGGAGGCCUGAACCGAUGUCGAACUGGUCGUUUUAAGUGAUUGAUAUUAGAAACGUCUUUCAGUGAUCUCAAAGAAAUGAUAUUCUGGUCUUUACUUUAGUCUACUCUAAAAUGAUGCUCCUAAUAAUAAACAUUGAACUAGUCUCUCAGUUUAAAAA